AUGGAUUCUGAAGACUAUCAUUUCAAGUUCCGCAUCGUCAUUUUAGGUACCAUUUUAUUGUAUGUUAAGGUGAGAAAUCAGUUGGAAAAUCAACCUUUUUAGAUGGUAAAUUAAAUCAUAAAAUUUAAAGUAUUGGCAAUAACUUUUGGUAAGAUAAUAGAAUAGGAAGCAUCAGAUGAAUUAAAUUUGAAGACUGUUGGCUACAUGGAUGAUGACACUCUCUACAAGAUAGCCUAUUGGGAAAUACCUGGGAAGCAUCGUAGUCCUGAUACCUUCUUUCGUUUCUGUCUUGGAGCUACAGCAGCCAUCUAUAUGUUCGAUGUCUCAAAAAGAUAAACAUUUGAAAAGAUAGAACAUUGGAUAACUGAAAAUGAGAAAACUGAGAUCCCUGUCAAGGUUCUCAUUGGAAACAAGAUCGAUCUCUAUGCCAGUAACAAAGGAGGUGUAUCAAAGUCAGAAGCCAUCGGCAUGGCUCGUAAAUACGGGAUGGAAUAUUUUGAAGUUUGUUCCAUUGGGGAUACUUCAAUUGCCCCAGUUUUUGAUUAUCUCAUCUCCACUAUCAUAGGGUAGAUUCCAAACCCACCCACUCCGUUGUCCUUGAUGGGAAAAGGCAUCCUGAUUGGAAAGAGAUUACUCAAUUCGUCCAAAUAUCAAUUGGUAAUGAAAGAUUGUUAACAGUAGGCACUUUGUGAUAUAGCAUCACUUUAUGAAUGAUAUUAACAAUAAUUAUGUAUUGCGGUUUAAAUAACUUGGGUAACAC